ACCUGCUGGUGCCACCGUGUGCCCCAUAGAGCCAGGGACCUGCUGGUGCCACCGGUCUCUGACACCCACCCCAAGGCCCAUUGGGACCCACGGCCACAGGACCGCUGCGGGGGUCUCUCAGCAGGACCAUGCUGAUCCUGACGUGCCCGGCUCAGCUGCAGCGCUUGGAGGGAGCCCUGCGGAGGAGCCUGCCCCUCACCCUGCCGGUCUAUGGGGCUGUGAUGAACAUCAACCGGGGCAACCCCGCGGGGCUGGAGGUGGUGGUGGAUGCAUGGCCUGAGUUUGGUGCCGUGCUGGCCCGGCGCAGAGGAGAGGUGCCGGUGGAUGACUGCUACAGGAACACGAGCGCGGUGUUCUACCGGGACCUGGGUGCUUACCGGGCGCUGCUGGAGACCCCGGGCUGCCUGCGCUGGGAUGCGGCGUUCUACAUCAUCGGCCGUUGUGGUUGGACCUCGGGGUGCAUUGGGGGCAGCAAAGUGGGUGCUGGUGGAGCAGCCCCCCCUGACAGCGCCACCCCCAGGCCUUCAGGACGGGGUGACCGCGGUGUCAGAGGCCAUUGCGGGGGCCAAGGGCAUCGAGCUCGACAUCUCCCAUUAUUACACCUACCUGCACCCCAACCCCAGUGCCAUGCCCGAGCCACGCCUGGAUCCGGGGGUGCGGGUGGGCUCCCUGACCCCGGCACACGUGGAUCUGCUCAACAAGACGUGGCCCUACGGAGGCACCGCUCGGAGCCGGCAGUACCUGGAGGAGCUGCUGCGGCUCUUCCCCAACCUCUGCCUGCGGGACGGGGCCGGGCAGCCGCUGUCCUGGACGCUGACGGAUCCCUUUGGAGCCGGGACGCACGGAUACACGCUCCCCGCGCACCGCCGCAGCGGGUACAUGUGGACGGUGCUGGUCCUGGCCGCUCGCAGGGCUCAGGCUCGUGGCUUCCCCACCUUUGGGUUCACGGCCACCGGGAACCGGCCCAUGCAGCGGCUGGAGGAGGAGCUGGGUCACCAGCGCCUGCCGGGGCUGUGCUCUUACAUCCUGCACAACCCCGGCCUGAAGCGAGCCUAAAUCAUCCCCUCCUUCCAUAAACGCCCCUUCGUGGGGGUCGGGAAGUGUGAGGGAGGAAACACGGCACUGAAAGCGAAGAGCGCUGUGGAUUCUCUGGUGGCUGCUAUGGGGUUGUGCGGCCGCUUGGUUUUCUCACACAUGGCUUAACACCGGC